AUGGUCGCACCCACUCUUCGUCUCGCUGCCUCUUCCCUCGUCCGCCAGCGCAUGCCCGUCAUGGCUGCUACCGCUGCCCCUCGCCUCGCUGCGCCUUCAAUGCUGCGCACCGCCGCUCCUCGCGCCGUUGCCCCAACCUCGUUCGCAGUCGCUCGCCGCGGAUACGCCUCGUCAUCGGGUCUCAGCCAGCAGGAGAUCCAGAACCGCAUCGUUGAGAUCCUCAAGAGCUUCGAGAAGGUGGACCCGGCAAAGGUCAACGCUGAGGCGUCCUUCACUAGCACGCUUGGGUUGGACAGCUUGGAUGCCGUCGAGGUUGUCAUGGCUAUUGAGGAGGAGUUCAACAUCGAGAUCCCUGACGCAGACGCCGAUGCGAUCACCACCGUCGGCCAGGCCAUCGAGUACAUCUCCAAGACCCCCGAGGCUCAGUAA